GGCGCUGUUGGACCAAUCGUCGACAGCACAGGCUCCAGUGAAUUCUCUCCAUGUCACUUUGAGACGGAGGCGUCAAUAUGCAGGCAGUCAGUGCUCGCUUCCCUCCCAUUAUCGUACUACCCACGGUCACCAUCCGCUCUCUCACACCGCCAGCCCUGCUCAAGCUGUGCAGCUGAGAGAUUCAGCCCUAGAGUUUUCGACAUUUUAAGCCUAGCUUUGCCUAGAAUGCUGUGUCUGUGGAUUUAAGUGACUGACGAGUGAUAAGAAGGGAAAACUUAAACGAUACGACGAACAUUGGCUAGCCAGCUAACAAGCUAGCUAGUCUGUGGGUGGAAAGACGGCAUCCGGCCUCCGAGGAAGCACCGAGGUCGGGGACUCGGGUCGAUACAACGUAUAUCGUUUCUGGCCUCCCCUGCCGGAGCGCUCCAUGGAGAAGAUGAAGAAGUUUAAGCGACGUCUCUCCCUCACGCUGCGCGGGAGCCAGACCAUCGACGAGUCUCUGUCAGAGCUGGCCGAGCAGAUGACCAUCGAGGAGAGCAGCAGCAAGGACAGCGAGCCCAUCGUGAGGAAUGGCCGCCCCCCCACCUCCCACAGCAUGCACUCCUUCCUACACCAGUACACCGGCUCCUUCAAGAAGCCGCCCCUGCGGAGGCCCCACAGCGUCAUCGGGGGCAGCCUGGGCUCCUUCAUGGCCAUGCCCCGCAACGGCAGCCGGCUCGACAUCGUGCACGAGAACCUGAAGAUGGGCUCGGACGGGGAGAGCGACCAGGCGUCCGGAACGUCCUCCGACGAGAUCCAGUCUCCCACCGGCGUGUGUCUGAGGAACAGGGUCCACCGCCGCAUCUCCAUGGAGGACCUGAACAAGCGUCUGUCCCUGCCGGCGGAUAUCCGGAUCCCAGACGGGUACCUGGAGAAGCUGCAGAUGAACAGCCCUCCAUUCGACCAGCCCCUGAGUCGCCGCUCACGCAGGGCGUCGCUGUCCGAGAUUGGAUUCGGGAAGCUGGAGACCUACAUCAAACUGGACAAGCUGGGAGAGGGGACGUACGCCACAGUGUUUAAGGGGCGGAGCAAACUGACGGACAACCUGGUGGCGCUGAAAGAGAUCCGCCUGGAGCACGAGGAAGGGGCGCCCUGCACCGCCAUCAGGGAAGUGUCAUUACUGAAGGACCUGAAACACGCAAACAUUGUGACGCUACACGACAUCGUCCACACGGACAAAUCCCUCACACUGGUCUUCGAGUACCUGGACAAAGACCUGAAACAGUACAUGGAUGACUGUGGGAACAUAAUGAGCAUGCACAAUGUGAAGAUCUUCCUGUUCCAGAUUCUGCGGGGCCUGGCGUACUGCCACCGGCGGAAGGUCCUGCACCGGGACCUGAAGCCCCAGAACCUGCUCAUCAACGAGAGGGGCGAGCUCAAACUCGCCGACUUCGGUCUGGCCCGGGCCAAAUCGGUUCCCACCAAGACGUACUCCAACGAGGUGGUGACGCUGUGGUACCGGCCCCCGGACGUGCUCCUGGGCUCCUCCGAGUACUCCACGCAGAUCGACAUGUGGGGCGUGGGGUGCAUAUUCUAUGAAAUGGCCGCUGGAAGGCCCCUGUUCCCCGGGUCCACUGUGGAGGACGAGCUGCACCUCAUCUUCAGACUGCUGGGUACCCCCUCAGAAGAGACAUGGCCGGGGAUUUCUUCCAUUGAAGAAUUCAAAUCCUACAAUUUCCCAAAAUACAAAGCCCAACCUUUCAUAAACCACGCACCAAGGCUGGACUCUGAAGGCAUCGAGCUGUUGUUAAUGUUUUUAAAGUACGAGUCCAAGAAGAGGAUCUCCGCUGAUGAGUCCAUGAAGCACCCGUACUUCAAGAGCCUGGGGAUGCGAGUGCACCCGCUGCCAGAAAGCAUUUCAAUAUUCACACUGAAGGAGGUCCAGCUGCAGAAAGACCCCGGCUACCGGAGCUCGUCCUACCCGGAAUCAGCGAACAGCAAGAACAGAAGACAGAGCAUGCUUUUCUAGGCUGGGGCGGGAGCAGGGACUUGAUGUCUGUUGUGUAAACUCACACCCAGUGGGCCGGAGAGGAGGAUGUGUGUGGAGGGGGGGGUGGUUUCCUCUCCCCCGGCAACGUGCCCCUCGCCCCCCCUCGCCCCCCGCUCUUCCCCCGGCGAGUGGCCAGGGCGGGAGCCCGACAGAAGAGACUCUGACUCUGCGUGUUAAUUUAUUGGAGAGAAUCAUUUUUGCUGCUAAACAACUACUGUCUAUAUUUAACACACUGUUUUAUCAUGUGAACUUUUUUGCUUGGUUACCCUCGACAGCAGACCCGUCGCUAAAGUUCUGUGUUAUUUCGUUGAUGUUGUUGUUGCGCUCGUUGUUACUGUCGUUGUUUUUCAAAUAGAAAAAAAAUGGAGUGCUUUUAGUGUCCCCCGAUGCUCCUGAACUCCUCCUAGACACGAGUCUCCUUGCAUUGAAAGCAGUUUUUACAGUUUUUUUUAGUUUUUUGUUUUUUUCUCCCCCAAGUUUUGACUCUGGAAUACUGUAGCAGAGCUUCAGAGUUUCAGACUGGACACUGACUGUACAGUGAGGCCCUGGAUCAUGCGACAGCUUGGUGUCUAUCAGCUUAGCCUGGGUGCUGUCGUCCUGUUAGCCCCAACCACCAUUUUCUGAUAAACAUAUUUGAAUCGCUACAGCCCCUCCACACUGGACCACAGCCCUCGGCCAGCUACUGGGCGCCAUGGCUCAGAUCCACCAAUCACAGCUCCUGUGAUCAGCGGGGAAGGGACCGACCGAGCGCUCUUUGCCAGAGCCGAAAAAAACGGUUGACCAAUCCGAGCGGCCGUAUAGCGCUCAUGGCAUUCCAAGAUUUUUAUUUUAUUUUUCUGUCACGGUUGACAAAACUAACGAGAGGACGAAGGAGUACCGGGGCAUUUUUCUGACGAGGGCAUUACCUGAAGUCACAACUCCCGCCCCCCCCUCAGGCAACGAUUCUCCCCAGAUUCUCUGUAAGGACCCCCUACCCCCCAAACUGGCCCUGUGAACACCCCCCUUCCCCCUGGGCAGCACUGCCUGUCCACCGUGUCCUGUUCUCUGCCUUUCAGAGCUCCUUUAGUGUAUCUCCUGUAACUGUAAAAUGGCCGCCCUUUCCCACACGCUAGGCCUGCUCUGAAGUGGACCAUCGGUAAGGGGAUGGGGGCUCGCACACGGUCACUGUACUGGACUGUAGGGCACCAGAGACUUCUGCUUGUAACGAUUUUUGAAAGUGUAGUUUAUUCAGCAGUAUUAAGAGCCUUUUUUUUGUAUGUUACAUUUUAACUUUAUUUGUGAAUAAUUGUGUCAUUGUGGCAUGUUGGGGGAUGAGUUUCCUACCUUUGUGCUCUUUUUUUUUUCAGAGGGGAGAAAACGAAUCAGAAAAAUAUGCGCAAACUGAAGUGGGGGGAGGGAAAUAUAUAUAUAUUUGUGUACGAGUUUGCAUUUGGACCACUGCUCUGUUUUCCAGCGUUUGUACACGUUUAAAAAAAAGAUUUCAAAUUGAAAUUUUAGAUUUAACAAACCGCUGUGUUGUUUUCAACUGACAGUAAUGUAUUAAUAUUGUAAUAUUGUACUUUCCUUCCCAACAUGAGAAUGAGCUGAUCCUACCUGUCUGUGAAAAUGGUGUGGAGGUGUUUUACCUGGAGCAUGGAAUGCCUGCUGUGGUGUAACCUCCACCUCUCUGGAACACUGACUCAAAAAAACGGUCAACUGUUUAACACUUUUUACUGGAGUUAUUUAUUUCUCAUAACCAUUUAAGUAAAUUUAGUCCGUUUCAUACAGACCUCCUGGAUUUCUCAGUUGUCAUUUUUUUGUUUAGUGUGGAUGAUUUCGAGGGCUGUCCUGAAAAAAUCGAUGAUGUAUACGAAAGGGGUUUAAAUAAAAUGAAGAGAAGGAAA